UUCUACCAUAGAGAAGGGCGGGAGAUAGAAAUCCAGGAGCGCGGAUCUCAAAACCCGGGCUCUCCUCUCCUCCAGCUGGUCACAAGCAACAACCCUACAUCCCACAAAACACCUCAGUACCGGGCCUCCAACCACCGACACUGGAAGCCCCCUUAAAGACAACAAAAACGUGGAAUAAUACGAGGAUAUAUCGGGAAAUAUUAAUGCACAUGUCGUGAAGCGGCUGCUGGAAAAAUCGUAAACAACAGAAAAACAGAGGGAAAUGUCUCGGUGGCAGCGCGGAGAGGAUAGUGAGGAAGCCAUGCAUCAAGACACCGAUUCUGACGUGCCAGAGCGAGGAGACGGUGGGAAAGUGAAGGUGAAAUGGACUCAGGAGGAGGAUGACAAACUCAAGGCGCUGGUUCAAAAGCUGGGGACUAAUGAUUGGAAACACAUCGCCAACUACAUACCAAACCACAGUGAACCCCAGUGUCAGCACCGCUGGUUUAAGGUCUUGGAUCCAGAGUUGGUGAAAGGCCCUUGGACCAAAGAGGAAGAUGAGAAGGUUAUAGAGCUUGUGAACCUGUACGGAAACAAACAGUGGGCCACGGUAGCCAAGCAUCUGAAGGGCAGACUGGGGAAGCAGUGCAGAGAGCGCUGGCACAACCACCUCAACCCCAACGUGAAGAAAUCAUCAUGGACGGCAGAGGAGGACCUAAUUAUCUACAAAGCCCACUGCCUGCUGGGAAACCGCUGGGCCGAGAUCGCCAAGCUGCUCCCUGGAAGAACGGACAACGCCGUGAAGAACCACUGGAACUCCACCAUCAAACGCAAACUGGAGAUGGGUUUCUACGCCGGAGAGGUGUUCGGUCCGAACGAGCUUGAAGAGCUUUUAGCCCCGCGUGAAUAAAGACGAACAGGUGGGCGAUGUCUCCGUUAUGUGCUCCUCUAAGAGGGGGCACGUUUAAGCUGAACCAAAUGUCUCUUCUGUUUUACUUUCUAGCGUUAAUUGAGAUUUUCCACGAGUCUUUGGAUAUAUGUCGUCUUAUUUUAUGAUGUUGUCUCUUAUUAAAAUGUAAAAAGUCAUUUUUUGUUUUUGCCACAGCGCUGUUAGAUUGCUUUAGUGCAGUGCUUCUCAAAGUGUGGUCCGCGGACCACUGGUGGGCCGUGAGCGCCCCCUAGUGGUCCGUGAGUAUAUUGGUCACAUUUUACAUAAA